CAUUUGCAGAGUUAAAUAAGUGUGUAGAGAGAGCUUCUUCUUCUUCAUCUUCUCUUCGUCGCUAAGAGAAUAUUUUCGAAAAAUAUCUCUGUUGCCCGAAGUAGCGAAUCUCGGAGUCGAUCUUCUCUUGACUGUACCGGAACCAAUCGAAUCAACUACGAUUUUUGAUUCGGUUAUUUGGGGUGAUAGAAUGGGAUCGAGUUGCGAAUCUGUACCGACGGCGAACUCUUCCACGGCGGUGGUGGGCUCUAUUCCGCCUUUUCUGAGCAAAACCUACGAUAUGGUUGACGAUCCACUUACGGACGACGUGGUGUCUUGGAGCAGCGGGAACAACAGCUUCGUUGUUUGGAACGUGCCUGAGUUCGCCAAACAGUUUCUCCCCAAGUAUUUCAAGCACAACAAUUUCUCCAGCUUCGUCAGACAGCUCAAUACUUAUGGCUUCAGAAAAGUUGAUCCGGAUCGUUGGGAAUUUGCAAAUGAGGGCUUUUUAAGAGGCCAAAAACAAAUACUAAAGAGUAUUGUCCGGCGAAAACCUGCCCAAGUGCAGCCUCAACAACAACCUCAAGUUCAGCACUCAUCUGUGGGUGCGUGCGUUGAAGUGGGCAAGUUUGGACUUGAAGAAGAAGUGGACAGACUCCAGCGGGAUAAGAAUGUCCUUAUGCAAGAACUUGUAAGAUUAAGGCAGCAACAACAAGUUACCGAACAUCAUCUGCAAAAUGUGGGACAGAAAGUUCAUGUGAUGGAGCAGAGGCAGCAACAAAUGAUGUCCUUUCUAGCAAAGGCUGUUCAAAGUCCAGGCUUCAUAAACCAGUUUUCCCAGCAGAAUAAUGACGCAAACCAACACAUUUCUGAAAGCAACAAAAAGAGGAGGCUACCUGUUGAGGACCAGAAGAAUCCAGCCAGUCAUGGGGUUAAUGGUCUUAGCCGCCAGAUUGUGAGAUAUCAAUCAUCGAUGAACGAUGCAGCAAACACAAUGCUCCAACAGAUACAACAGAUGAGUAAUUCACCUAGCCAUGAAUCUUUCUCAACCAAUCAUGGCAGCUUUCUUUUGGGCGAUGUUCCAAGUUCAAACCUUUCAGACAAUGGGAGCUCUUCAAAUGGAUCAUCUGGAGUUACAUUGGCAGAUGUUUCAUCCAAUCCUGCAGGAUUAUAUCCUGCAAUGAAGUAUCACGACCCUUGUGAAACAAAUCAAGUCCUGGAGACCACUUUGCCUUAUUCUCCAGGUGAUCUCGUAGCUCCAAAGCAAGGAGCAGCAACUUCAGGUAGUUCAAAUUCGGAUUUUGUUGGAUGCGAGAUAGAUAAUGGAGAGUGUUUGGAUCCAAUAAUGGCUGUUUUGGAUUGCCCAAUUGAGCUAGAAGCUGGUGCCAUAAAUGAGUUACUUCCUGAAGUCCAAGAUUCUUUUUGGGGACAGUUCCUUGGUGAAACCCCAGUGAUUGGUGACACAGAUGAGCUGAUCUCAGGAUCAGUAGAAAAUGAACUGAUAAUGGAGCACCUAGAAUUACAAUCAAGCCUGAGUAAUGGGUGGAGUAAGAACCAGCAGAUGAACCAUCUUACUGAACAGAUGGGACUUCUCACAUCAGAUGCUCUCAGAAAAUGAGAUCACCAUGAAAUCACAAUCUUUCCGCACAAGAUGGGUUAAGAUUUGGUGAAGUCGCAACAACAAAAAGAAUGUAUGACUAAAAAGAGGUAUGUGUAUGUAUCAAACUGGUGUAACUCUGAUUCUUGUUAAUGUGUAAUAAAAUAAGAGAAAUGUUGCCUUCUGAUUUUUGCAUUGCACUUGGGAAAACAUCUCUGGUUGUUACACAGAAUGAAAAGGAGAUGCUCCAAAGUGAGAUAUGCUUCUGUUCUUGUGUAUGUCUUUAAGAUGAUCGAAAUUAACUAUAUGCUUCUGAUAAGAGUCAUAGAGAUCCUUGUUUGUGUAUCUUCUGUAACCAAACUUGGCACUCUUGUUUAGACAUAUAAACACUGUGGCCAAUUUUUACCUA